AUGGCUGUAGAUGUCGCCACAAGCCGCAGCGGAAGAGGAAACCUAGCGAAGCAAUGCUCAGCACGAGAAGCACGCGAGGCAGAGCGACGAGUGAAGUUGCAGCACUUCUUGGUGCUGCGUGCGUUCAAUCUUCGACGUCCGAAGGAAACUCUGCAUGAACAGUUCCAGUUCCUCAAGAAGCGGGUCGAAAGCGGCGAUGCGAAUGUCAGCGGUGACUUCCUGGAACUGGACGAGUUGUGUGCUUAUUUGUCCAUUCCACCGUACCGACGUCUACUGCUCGCACAAGUGUUUGGGUUGGCUCCGCAGCAGACACACUUGGGUUUCGAUAACUUCAUUCGCUUUUUGCAGUCGGCAGCGGUACGAGCAGCACAUGAAGAGCGACAGCGACACUUCGAAAGUCUCCCGGCUCCCCCUCCUCGCACGGGUAGACUAAAUGCUCUUGUGUCCUUCCAUCCUUCCCGUAUUAACCAAGCUGUGACUCGAGCGCCGCCAGCUCCCGGUCUCUGGAAGAAGCGUGAGAUCACGAUCCAGGAGCGAAUCACCGAGUACACCAAGAUCGACGAGAAGGGUCAACCGCAGCGGCUUGUGGAGAAGGAACGUCAUCAAACAGAAGUGCUGCAUAUGGAGUCGCUGAACGGCGAGUUCGCUCAUCGGGAGAUCACUCAGUUCGAGCAAACGGAGCAUCUGAAUGACGAGAUGGUCCACUUGGACCAUGGACGCGAGGAGUUUCUCCACCUCAAGUCUCAGCACGACGAGAUCUCACGCUUCGAGUCUUCCGUACCGCAGGGAGGACACAGUGGCGGUGGUCGCCCCGAGGAAUGCGAGCAACAGCCACCGUCCCCUACCAUUAAACGUGACCCCUCUGCCCCCGGAACAGCCCGUGGAAGUAGUGGGCUCCAUCAUGGCUUUAACGCCGAAGCAGAAGCAACAUUCGUCGAACCAGAUUUCCGAAGACGUUGGGACCAGCAAGCUCGUCAGCAAGACGUACAGCAGACCUAA